AUGGAAGGAAUAGAAGAAUUACACAAUAAUAUAAUAAAUUUUGUAUCUACAAAAUCACCUAUAGCACAUAAAUAUUUAAAUCACGAUAAUGAAUUUAUCGAAUUUGAUUCAUAUAUAGUUCCUGAAAGUGAUUUAGAAGAUGGACAAUUUAGAAUGUUAGAAGUAGAUAAUAGAGUUAUUAUACCUGAAUUAACUCAUACAAGAUUUGUUAUUUCAGCAGCAGACGUUAUACACUCAUAUGCUUGCCCUGCCUUAGGAAUUAAAGCUGAUGCAUACCCUGGUAGAUUAAAUCAAGCUUCUGUUUAUGUAAAUCGUCCUGGUACAUUCUUCGGACAAUGUUCAGAAAUUUGUGGAAUAUUACACAGUUCUAUAGACCAAAUGGAACAGUAA